UUUUUUUGCUGGCUUUGCUGCUAAGUGCUAACACACGUGUGGUCGAGAACCAACGAGCGACGGCAAACCAGGCACAGCAGAGCCGCUCAAAGAGCCAGAUGAACGGCAUGCUGCUGCAUCUGCCCGCCGGCGCCAGCACCGUUGCUCGCGCUCCCGUCCCGCCGCUGCCGCGCCAGCUCGCGCCCCGGCGGACAGCGCGGUGCAGCGCGAAGAAGAAGGCAGCGAACGAGGCCAAGGACGACCGGCGGGCGGGAGACGGCGCCGGCGUGCUCUCCCGGACCGUGAUGCUUCGGGCCGGCGUCGCGCUAUUCGCCCUCGGCUUCGUCGACGCCGGGUACAGCGGCGACUGGUCCCGCAUCGGCGCCAUCUCCAAGGACACCGAGGAGCUGCUCAAGCUGGGCGCCUACGCCGUCGUGCCGCUCUCUCUGGCCCUCAUAAUCUGGUUACCCGAAGGCGACAGCGACCGUGAAUCGUAGGAUUUGAGAAAGCAGAUCGCAUUUCUUCUUAUCUCAGUAGAAAAGCGAAGAGCAUCGGGUUCUAGACUCGGCGCUGGAUCGUUUUCCGUGUUAUGGGUUGGGAUGAAAUCACGAUGUAGCUAGUACGUCGGCGAAUUGAACGUGUGGCUUCAAGUAAAAAAACGGCAAUGCCAAGCUACAUCGAUGUAAUACAAGACAGGUCUACCAGUUUCUUUUCUGACGAUAAAAAUCAAAGAAAAAAAGAUUAAAAAAA